AUGUCUGCUCCUUCUCCUUCAGUGUCAGAAGAAGACAUCAAUGAAACCCGAAACUCGAUUGAUGCCGAUGCUUCUACGGUGCAGGAUUUACUAGACCAAGAUGCUCAGGAGGGUUCAGGUAGUGACAACGAAGGUUCAAACAUAGUUGAUUCUUCUGAAGAAGACGAUGAUGAGGACGACGAAGAAGAAAUGCAAAAAGUCCGUGAGGGGUUUAUUGUAGACGAUGACGAUGAAAACGACGAAGAUGGUAUCCCUUCUUCCACCAAGAGAAAACACAGAAAGAAACACAAGAAGAGAUCCGCAGAAGUGGUUGAAGAAGUCGACGAAGAUGACCUACAAUUGCUUAUGGAAAACUCUGGAGCUGUUCCUGGCCAGCAGCAGAACGUCAAGUUUAAGCGAUUGAAGAGGGCAGAACAAGACGAGAAGGCCCAAGACUCCGACUCAAGGGGUUUGAACGAUAUGUUUAGUGAUGAGGAAGGCCCCGGUGGCGUAGUGGAAGAGGGUUCAGAAGAAGAAGGUUUAGAAGAUAACCUCACUACAAAGACACAGAGAUCAGGAAACCUGCCACAUGACGAAUUCGAUGACUUUAUUGAGGAAGAUGAGUUCAGCGACGAGGAUGAUGAGGCCCGUGAUGAGCGUCUUGCAAGAAUGAGAUCUGCCAAGGCCGCUCCACAACUUGCUGGGUUGCAAGGUGAACAAUAUCAAGAGAUUAUAGAGAUUUUCGGUGAUGGUACAGACUAUCAAUGGACUCUGGAUGCUGAGGAAGAAAUGGAGCAACCACAACAAGAUCAAGAGUAUGACGAGGCCGGAGAAGAAAUUAAGGGCACCACAACUUCUUUAGCUGAUGUUUUUGAACCCUCUGAACUAAAAGAAAAAAUGCUUACAGAUGAAGACAACGUUAUCAGAGUGACAGACCUUCCCGAGAGAUUUCAAGCCUAUAGGAAAUCCAUCAAGAACUAUAAAUUAUCCGAUGUUGAUUACUCCAAUGAACGAGAUUGGAUUGUCGAGCAAUUGAAGUUAGAGAAAAGGGAUUUCCUCCAGCAUUUGACCCAAGCUCACUCAAGUGUAGCUCACUUGGAAGAAAAAUUUGAGGCUUCUGUCAAGAAGAUUGUUGAUUUUAUUGCUAUUGAAUCAUUUGAAGUUCCCUUCAUUUGGAAUCAUAGAAGAGACUACGCUCUUCAUACCUAUAACGAUGAUUCCAAUAAUACCAUCAUAGUCAAAUUGCUGAAUGAAGAUGACUUGUGGAGGAUUGUUCAGUUGGAUCUUGAUUACCACUCGAUCCAUGACAAAAAGGCUGCUCUGAGUUCAAUCUAUAAACAAUUGGAUCUAGAUGUAGUUGAUCCUACAUAUGAAGAAUUUUUUGGGUCUGCAAGAACGUUGUCCGAGUUGCAAGACAUUGAUGACUAUUUAACAUUCAACUAUUCUUCGCAAGUUAAGAACUUAACUGCCGUUGCUGAACUAUCCAUUGAAGGAAACGGAAGUGGCGAAGAUGAAGAACAAACAACAAAAAGUUCGUUCGCCGAAGUAAAGAUGAAGAGAAAGUACUCGAAGUAUGCUAUCUACGAUCGAAUCAGACAAGAUGCCAUUUACCCUGUUGUUCAAUCUAUUGCCAAUAUCUCUCAAAUGAGGGAGAACCUUGCGCAGAGUAAACGUUUGCAUCAAGUAGAAGACCCUAUUGAGUCUCCAAUGGAUAUGAUAGCAGACAUUAUGUCAACAGAAAAGGACAAAACUACUUUCAUCUCAUCAGAAAAGGCUUACCAGGCUGUAAAACAGUUCUUUUCUGAGCAACUUUCUUACGAGCCAUUUAUAAGGAAAACAAUUAGGACUGCUUUCCAGUCUUUUGGUGUUAUUAAUAUAGAGCUCACUGAGCGGGGAAAGCUCCAAAUUGAGCCUGAAUCCCCUUACUUUGAUUUCAAGUAUGCCAAAAACAGGCCUAUCAGUGCCCUCACUGCAACUCCAGAUUUGUAUCUGCGCAUGAUUCAAGCUGAGAACGAUGGACUUGUGAACAUCAAAGUCGAGCUCCCUAUGUUGUCAACAGUUGUUGAUCAUUUCUACAAUAUCUUAAAAUCUGAUGGUACUUCAGAAAUUUCAGAAAAAUGGAAUGCUCUUCGUAACGAUGCUUGGAAACAAUCUUUGGACAAACUUAUUCCACUUGUUCAGCUAAAUGUAAAGGAAUCCAUUAGACGUGAUUGCGAACGUGUUCUAUACUUUCAAGUUAAAAACUCAUUCACCAAAAAGAUCGACCAAGCACCAUAUCAACCUCCAACAUAUGCAAAGGGUACUAUUCCAAGAGUAUUAACUCUCUCAUUUGGUGAAGGUAACAGAGGUGAUGCUGUACUUGGUGUCUUCAUGGAUGACAGUGGCGAUGUAAAAUCACAAAUUAAAUUUGACGAGGAUUUUCAAAGCCGGGAUUUUUCAGACAGUCUGACAAGAUAUAUCAAAUCCAACAAUAUCAAUCCUGAUAUCAUUGGUAUUUCUGGUUUCAAUAUUCAUACCAAAAAGCUCUUUGACAAAGUCAACGAACUUGUCAAUGAGGAACGUUUAACUAUAGAGUAUGAUAAUGAGUAUGGCUAUGAUAGGGAAGAAGAUGGAAGAAGUGACAAACACCUUAUCAGAGUGAUCUAUGUGAACGAUGAAACAGCGCGUUUAUAUCAGCACUCUUCUAAGUCAUCCGCAGAGUAUCCCAACAGACCUCAGUUGGCAAAGUACUGUAUUGGUCUGGCAAAAUAUAUCCAGUCUCCCCUUUUGGAAUAUUUGGCCCUAGAUGAAAGCAUGUACUCCCUUCACAUUCAUAAGCACCAAAAUUUAUUACCCAGAGAAAAGCUCAUUGAUGCUGUGCAAACAUCUAUCGUUGAUAUCGUUAACUUGGUUGGAGUAGACAUCAACGAAGCGGUAAGAGCUCCGUACCACGCAUUGGCCCUACCCUAUGUAUGUGGACUGGGACCACGUAAGGCUGCUGGGCUUAUCCAAUCCAUUCAAAGAAUUGGGUCUAACUUGGUUAACCGUGCUCAUUUGAUUACCGAGCAGUUAACUUCCAAGACAGUUUUCUUGAAUAUGGCCUCGUUCGUAUAUAUAGUGUUUGAUCCUGAUGUUGAACGUAAUCCUCAAGGUGAGAUGGAUCUACUUGACUCAACAAGAAUUCACCCUGAAGACUACUCGUUGGCCAGAAAGAUGGCUGCUGACGCUCUUGAUAUUGAAGACAUUGAUGAUGACGAUGAGAGUGCCAUGAGAAAUGCGAUAUACGAGAUGGUUUUCCCUCGUAGCCCACCAAAGGAUGAGGACGAUUUAACCUUUAAGCUUGACGAACUGAUUUUGGAUGACUACGCAACUGAGCUCGAAAGAAAACAUCAACUGAAGAAGCGUUCCACCUUGCAGAUAAUAAAGGAAGAGUUACAAUCUCGUUAUAGGGAGAUUAGAAGGGAUUUCCACAUUUUGAACGAAGCUGAAAUAUUCCAACUAUUAACGCGUGAGACUGUUGAUUCUUUCCGUAAAGGUAUGGUGAUCCCAGUUUAUGUUCGAAAAGUGGAAUCAAGUUACAUGAGCGUAUCUACUCAAUCUUUAAUUGCAGGAAAUAUCCAAAGACAAGAUAUUCUUGAACCAAACGAUAGACGUGAUCCAAGAGAAGUCUAUUCUGUGGGCCAAACUGUUAGGGCCUGCAUUUUGGAUGUAGAUUACUACAAUUUCAAGUGUCAAUUGUCCUUAUUGCGCCAGUUUACUGAGAACCAAGUAGCUGGCCUCAAUGUCAACAGGAACCCUAAAUUCUGGGAUAUUGAAUCCGAAAAUAGAGACAGACAAGAAGAAAUCGAUAAGCAGAGAGAGGAGAGUCGAGAAUCUCGAGUGAUUAAGCACCCAUUCUUCCACAACAUGAAGUCCAAAGAAGCAGAGGAUUAUUUGGCAGCUAGACCAGUCGGCGACGUUGUUAUUAGACCAUCUUCGAAGGGUAGCAACCACAUCACAAUCUCUUGGAAAGUUGCUCCGCAAUUGUAUCAGCACAUUGACGUUCUCGAAGAGAAUAAAGAUGAUGCCAAUGCCAUUGGUCGUGUGCUCCUGGUUGGAAAAUACAGGUACCACGAUCUAGAUGAACUUCUGGUUGAAUAUGUCAACAAUGUUGCCAAUAAAGUUGAACUGAUGGUGAGUCAUGAUAAGUUUAUGAGUGAUAGUUUAGACUAUGUCAAAGAAUGGCUGGAAAGAUAUUCGAAGGCUAACGGGAAUCGAUCACACUACAUUUUUACAUUCAACAGAAAGGCUCCAGGUUGGUUCUUCCUUUUGUUCAAACUAAAUCCAACUUCAGAAAUCAAGAUAUGGAAUGUGAAAGCACUUCCUGAUGGUUAUUUGCUGGCCAACAAUGUAUACCCCGACACCAAUUCAUUGUGUAACGGUUUCAAGACGUUGAUGAGCUCUCGAAGACAGAUAAAGCAACGAAGCAACAGAGCUGGGGGUGAAUACAACAACUCUCAUGCUGGUGCCUAUGACAAUGGUUAUAGCAAUGCUCCAAGGUAUUAA